AUGUUGCGCCUUACACGCCCUCUGUUCAGCCAGUUUCGCAAAACCACAACAGGCAUCACUGGCCUCAGCGUUCACCAUGAUCCAUUACCCGAGUUGACGAGAAUCUACCAGUCUACUCUGACCCAACUCUCUUCUAUUCCCGAGACAUCUAUAUAUCGGCAAGGGGUAGAGGCACUUACUCAGCGGAAGCUGCAGAUUGUGCAGAAUUCCGACGGGAGCAUCGAGGAGGUCGAGAAGCAAUUGGACGAGGGUCACAUAGAGGAGUCGAUUGACAUCGCUACGGAUGAGCUGAGCCUGGUCUCAAAGAUGAUCGAGUGGAAGGCGUGGGAGCCCUUGGUGGAAAAGCCAGAGCCUGGACAAUGGCAAUAUUUUGGCAAGGCAGCGACGGCUUCAUGA